UCUAAAUAUAAUGUUUUGUCUCAUUAUAGAAUGCAAGACUUCUUUACUACGGCGCUUCUACUUUUGUUUAAAUACGUGUCAGGAAACCUAGACGAAAUGAUGCCAAAUUUACCAAACCAAGAACCCUCAUCAGUUGAAUGUCCUGGAAAGUUGACUUGUAAUAAUGAUGAUACUGAUCGUUACCGUACAGCUAAUGGGGCAUGUAACAAUUUGAUCAACCCUUCCCUAGGCAUGUCAUUUACGCCACAGGGUCGCUUCAUACCACCGAUGUAUAGUGAAGGUGAUGCUCCUAGAGACCACCCUGACAUGCCGAGUGCAAGACUUGUCAGUAACAAGCUUUUUGAUGCAAAGAAUACAACCAUCUUGUCUGCAAUUCACACAGUACAGUUUAUGGCUCAUGGGCAGUUUAUAGCACAUGAUGUUGCAGCGACACCAGGCGAAGGAGCUGAUCUGGAUUGUUGUGAUCCUACCAAUUCCUUGGAGAAGGAUUGUUACGUUAUACCAGUACCAGAAGAUGAUCCAUUUUUCAAAAGUUUAAGAUGUUUAAACUUUGUAAGAUCAUCUGCAGCAGGCAAAAGCUGUGUGACUGGACAAAGGGAACAAAUGAAUGACGUUACAUCGUUUAUUGAUGGAUCUAUGGUUUAUGGAUCUACUGAGGAGCAAAUGUCAAAACUACGUGAUACACAUGGAGGAUUGUUAAAAAUGAGUUCAAAUAAAAUGCUGCCAGAAAGUCCAAAUGGAGAAUGUCGUAAAAUCCAGCCACAACAUCAUUGUCAUUUAGCAGGGGAUUUCAGAGUCGACGAAAUUCCCAACCUUGGCAUGAAUCAUCUUCUACUUGUCAGACAACACAAUGCUAUAGCAAGAAAACUUCCAGAAAUUAACCCACAUUGGUCGGACGAAAUAGUUUUUCAAGAAACCAGGAAAAUCAUCAUAGCAUUAAUUCAACACAUUACUUAUGACGAAUAUUUACCAUUAAUGGUUGGUAAGAUGGCAAUGAACCGACAUCGAUUACGUAUUCGUCGCAGAGGAAGAAGUCCCUUCAAAGACAUGUACGACCAAGAAUUAGACCCCAGAAUUAGAAAUUCUUUUGCGACCGCUGCUCUGCGAAUAGGACACACCUUAAUCGUACCUAGUAUAGCUUACUUAUCUAAAGACUAUAGAACCUUGUACCGAGAAAACCUUGAUGACAACUUCUUCAGCACUCAUAUGAUUCUGAAAGAAGAUGGAAGUUAUACAGACAAAAUUGCAAGAUGGCUUACACAUGAACAGUGCAUGAAAGCAGACAGAUUUUUCCAGCCAGAAGUACGGAACAAAUUGUUCAAAAUGGAGGGCGCAAGUCAUGAUUUAGCUGCUCGAAAUAUUCAGAGAGGACGAGAUCAUGGUCUGCCAGAUUACAAUUCAUGGAGACAGUUUUGUGGUUUAAUACCAGUAAAAUUUUGCGAUGAUAUUAUUUUCGAUCAUGAUAAAGAAAGUUCUGAUAAAAUCAAAGAACUAUACAGACACGCAUCACACAUUGAUUUGUAUGCUGGGGCUGUUUCUGAAACACCAAAAGCAGGUAGUUUGCUAGGCCCAACCUUCCAAUGCAUAUUUAUACGCCAGUUUCAAGCCUUGAAAAGUGGUGAUAGACACUGGUAUGAGAGACCCCGUGGAAAGGCGGGAUUCACUCGGGAUCAACUAAAUUCCAUCAAAUCAAUGAGAUUGUCAAAACUGUUUUGUGACAAUUUUAACCUACCCAAGAUUCAACCUAAUGCAUUCCUGAAGAGCAUGUUUAGAAACAAGAAAAUAGCUUGCGAAGAUUUCCAUAGCCUUAAUCUAGAUUUGUGGAAAGAUGUGUCGCAAUAG